AUGGAGAUGGGGCAAAAAGGGCGACGGUUUGUUAGACGCAUCCAUGUCCAACACGGACCACACCCUCACGAUCCUGCCCCCCUCGAGGAAGUAGAACGCGUGCUCGUGGAACUUGACCUCCUCCCCGUUGGCCCCCGGCUCGACGCCGCGGAACGGGCGCACAGGCCGGCCGGUGAACUCGAUCCGCGAGGCGACCUGCUGCUUGGCCUCGUCGGCGACGAGGUCGACGACGUUGAAGUGCAGGCCGCGGAUGUCCUCGAACGAGGACUCGAUGAGGUGGAUGUAGCUGGGGAUGUCGAGGCUCCGGGUGUUGUGCGUGAGAUUGGGCUGGCAGAAGCGGGGGAAGUCCUUCUCCAUGGUGUGGGUGUUGAUGGAGGCGAUGUAGUCGGUGUAAAAGGACGGGAGGUCCUUCACGGCGGUGGUAUCCUCCGGUGUCGGUGCUGA